AUGACUUGCCCUGCUGAACUCAAGUGGGUACAUGCUCGUCCUGACGAUCUGCACCACCACCUGCGUGACGGAGACGCUGCAUUGGCCUGCACCGUGCUCCACGUAGCGUCUCAGUUCGCGCGCUGCAUCGUAAUGCCCAACCUCGUGCCACCCGUGACUACGACUGAGCAGGCGCUAGCCUAUCGCGAGCGCAUCAUGGCUCACGUGCCAGAAGCGAAGCGUGACUACCGCAACAGUGCAAUCAGUUUCGAGCCUUUGAUGACGCUCUACAUGACGGACAGCACCACAGCCGACGAGAUACGUCGUGCUGCCGCCACCAACAAGAUCGUCGCCGUCAAGCUGUACCCUGCUGGUGCAACGACCAACUCAGACUCGGGGGUCACCAACAUUGACAAUAUCCACUUGGCACUUAGUGCCAUGAGUGAUGUCGGCAUGCCGUUGCUCGUCCAUGGCGAAGUCACCGACCCGUCGGUCGACGUGUUUGACCGAGAGGCCACUUUCUUAGAGCAGGUAAUUCAGCCGCUGGUGGCUAAGUUCCCACAGCUGAAAGUUGUGAUGGAGCACAUUACGACCAAGGAGGCAGCAGAAUUCGUCACAAACUCUUCGGCAAACGUUGCGGCUACCAUUACGCCCCAACAUUUACUGUACAAUCGCAACGCCAUUUUUCAAGGAGGACUGCGACCACACAAGUAUUGCCUUCCCGUGCUCAAGCGUGAGACGCACCGUCAGGCUCUGCUACAAGCUGUUGCCAGCGGAAGCAAAAAGUUCUUCCUCGGUACAGACAGUGCCCCGCACGUCUCUUCCAAGAAAGAAUCUGGAUGUGGUUGCGCUGGCAUCUACUCAGCUCACGCUGCGCUUGAAUUAUACGCUGAAGCAUUCGACUCUAUCGGCAAGCUGGAUUUGCUCCGUGCGUUUGCCUGCGAACACGGUGCCGACUUCUACGGCUUGAAGCGCAAUACAGUGGGCGAGACUGUCCUGAAGCAGGAGAACUGGAAGGUGCCCGACAGCUAUCCGUUCGAUAACGGAGUUGUCGUACCCUUGAAAGCUGGUGAGACCAUUCGUUGGAAACUGCAGCAUCAAGCGCUCACUCCUUCCUAG